AUGGCGGCGUCUAUGAGGGUUGCCAAUGUCAGAAACAAGUGUGCUAGUAUUUCACUCAGGUGUUUCUUAUCCAAGGACAGAAAAGUAAUUUUAAGUAGUUUUUCACACCAGUCGCCUAAUGACAGUCAGUUCCAACAUGAGAAGGAAGAAGAAGAAGAUUUUUUUGGAAUUCCGGAGAACUUUACACUGCAACAGGUACGACUUGGCACAGGUAAAAAACAACAAAAUGAAAGUCUAGAAAAUACCGGACAAUUAGCUGUUGAUUCAGAAAUAUAUCGAGCAGGUAUCACCUCGCCUUCUGUUACAAACGGUCGCUCGGAAAGGCGUAAAGUUGCGCAAACCACCUUCAGUACAACAUUUGGUACCAUUUCAUUUGACAGAACGGUAACAUAUACGUCACCUAACUUAACCACAGAAGAUCUUGCUUCAAAGGCUCAGGAGAUACUAACCAAAUUAAAUAUCGAUAAGAGUACAAGCACAACAUCUAGUGGAAAGGCUGAACAACAGAAAAAUAAAUAUUCUAAAGAAUAUGUGAAACAAAGCGAUACAAAUACAAGUAAUCAAACUCCAAAACAAGCCAAUCAGGAUUUCCUAAAAGUGUCCACCAACCAGAGAGCCAGCACAAAUUACUUUGACGAGGUGUAUUUUCCAGAUCAGUCAUUGGAAGAAGAUACAAGCUCAUCUAAGCAAACAUUUACACAUAAAUUUAGCAGGCGUAUUCCAGACAGUACUCGGGGUACCACUCCGAAUGAUUGUUUAGAGGGGUGUAAUUCAGUAACACAUCACUCAUCUGAUGAAGUGAAAGAUGAUUUAAAAUCAGGAACAUUUAGAAAAGCUUCUCUCCAUGAAUCGCACCAUGAACGUACAAAGCCACAUUCAUUAAAUGUUAUAGAUGAACAGUAUUUUGGUGCUGUUCUAAAACAUGGCAAUGAGAAAGUUGAGCACAUACAGCCUCGUAAUGACACAGAAGAUCCUCUACUUGUGCAAGAUACUUCCAACAAACAAACCGGGGAGGUUCGGCCGAAAAAUAAAAGUGAUGUUGAAAACAAGAUUAAAGAAGCUGUGGAUUUGAAUGAAAUAGAUCUUCAGUAUUUUGGCAGUGCAUCUCAGGGUUUAAAUGUGCAGGAAAGUUAUCUUCAGCAGGAGACAGCGACUGUAGAUAAAAGGACUAACCAGUCAUUCCAGAAUGUGUUUGCAGAUUAUAUUAAUCCUUUGAAUGUAAAGGAAAAUAUUUCAGAAGGGAUGCAGAUAAAUAAAGAGGAUCAUGAAAUGCUGAUAAAGAAAGGAUUAGGCCAGAAAAAACCUGCAGCGGAAAGGAAACCGAAAUUUGAAACAUUUAAUAAGCAAGAAAUUAAGGAAAUAAUUCAUCAGUCUCAGUUUAAUAUGAAUAAUGAAGAGUCUAUGUCUGCUGUUGCUAAGGAUAAAAAAAAGCAUGCAACUGGUGACCAGCAAAAAUCAAAAGAAACAUCUCUUCAGCCACAGCCAACUAGUGACAGCAAUGUAAUCACAAAUGAAGAGUUCCUUAUCAGGCAGAAAAUAAAGAAGCCAAAGACAGAGUCAGAGACUGAUAAACCAAAGACUGCAUAUGAUGUUGCUAUGAAGAUCCGACAACAGUUACAGCAGGAUUCAAACAUCAAGUUGGACAGCAAAGGUUUUAGAGUAUUGGACAACCAGGUGCCAUACCAUCUGGACAAAAUGACUUCAGCAGAUAUUGUCAGAAUGCUCAAAAGCAGAAUCAUAUUUGAUCAUGAGGACUUUCUGGCAAUAGACAAGCCCUACGGUCUGCCUUGUUACAGUCAGGCCAAAGAUCGAGUGAGUGUAACAGAACUUCUGCCAGCAUUUACAGAACUUUUGCCACGAAGUUACGGGGCCAGUGGGCUGCACCUUGCACAAGGAUUAGACAGAGAUGUAACCGGAGCUAUCAUUCUUGCAAAAAACCCUGAAGUGGCUCAUAUCAUUCGGGGCAUGUACAAAGACAGCAGCUUGAUCACACAGAAAUAUUGGGCAAUCACAAAAGGUGUCCCCACGCCAUUUGAAGGCAUUGUUGCUAUCCCCAUUGGUGAAGCUAAAGUUGGGAACAUCUACAAGAUGGUUUUGCGGCCGAGGUUUCUGAAAGAUGAGAAGCUCAUUGGGCGUGCCAGCAAAGCCUCCAGUGAGAAAGCCGUCACACAGUACAAAGUGUUGAGCUCACAUCUACAGUCAGCUCUUGUGGAAUGCAUUCUACUAACAAAUGUCAAGCAUCAGAUCAGGCUUCACUUAGCCAGCGGUUUGGGCACGCCAAUUCUCGGUGAUCACAAGUACUCUAACUUUGCCAAGAUGGCGCCACAGAAACUACACAGAGAAAUGCUGGACUUGUUGAAGACCAGGCAGGCGUCGGUCCGCCACAUCAUCAUGCACCUCCAUUGCCGCAGCAUUAUUCUGAAGGACUACAAGGGACGCAUGAUUUUCCUCACAACACAUCCUCCAUCCCAUUUUAGAGACAACAUGCGGACCUUAAGAAUUCCCAAAGUUGUAUAA